UUGAUUUAUCUUCUCGUUUUGCACUUUUGUUCCAAAAUUACUUCGAAAAUUUUGGCAUUAUCCUCCGAAUAUAUUGUUUUACCACAAAUAUUUUUCUGUUCUACAGCAUUUUCUGUUUUCUAUUCACCAUGGCCCUUUCUCGCGUCUGCGGCGCUGAUUCCACAUGGGAAUCCCUGGACUUCUCCGCACCGCAGCCCGAAUGUCUGCAGGAUGUGCGUUUUACGCAUCCCGUCAGUAAUGAGUUCGCUGUGGGCCUUCCGCUACCGUCCAUCCACGGUAAGCAACGCGUAAUCCAGGCGCUGUUGGAGGACGAGAGCGACGUGCAGACGGAAGAACGUCUGGUGGCCAAUCCGCGUUCCCUCUUCCUCCACGGCACCACCACGCUCAGCUUCAAGUUCCAGGGCGGAGUUAUGGUGGCCGUCGACAGUCGGGCAUCCGCCGGACAACAGAUCAGUUCGCAGACGGUGAAUAAAGUGAUCCCCAUCUCACGCUUCCUGCUGGGCACGAUGGCCGGCGGUGCCGCUGACUGCACCUACUGGAUGCGCGUCCUCAACCGGCAGUGCCGCAUGUAUGAGCUGCGCAAUCGCGAACGCAUCACCGUGUCAGCGGCGUCCAAACUGCUCUCCAACAUGCUCUACGGCUACAAGGGCUACGGCAUCUCCAUCGGGUCAAUGAUUGCCGGAUAUGACAAACGAGGGCCGGGAUUGUAUGUUAUCGAUAACGAUGGACUGCGCGUGGCCGGCAACUGCUUCUCCAUUGGGUCUGGCUCGCCGUACGCCUUUGGAGUCCUGGACACAGAGUACCGCUAUGAUCUGACGGAGCCGCAGGCCUACGAGCUGGCCCGACGGGCCAUUUACCACGCCACGAUGCGUGAUCCCUACAGCGGUGGCAAUGUCAGCGUGUACCACAUCAAGGAGACGGGAUGGGUAAAGAUUGAAACGCAGGACGUCAGCGAUCUAUUCUACAAGGACCGUGGACUGUAAAACGAGGCGAAUUAAUUCCACUUUUGAUUAUAACUUUCUGAAAAUGCAGUUCUAUAUAAAAACACCAUUCAUUUUUAUACACAAUUGAUGUAACUAAUUGAUCCACUUGGUGAAUUGUGCGUUGGUUUAACUUGUUUGUCACCAUUAGGCGCAUUGUUCAUCCGCAUGACGGCAGCGUCAAAUAAACUCUGCGAAAAGUUG